AUGAGCUGUCAUGUACUGCAGGAGUACCCCCUUGCUCCUCUUGAGGAGGAUUGCAAGCUGUUAGGUUCCCUUUUGGAUGACUGUCUACGAAUCGAAGUGGGGGAUCACCUAUUCUCAAAGGCAAGUACUAGAUUCAAUGCCCUGGAAACCGUUCGUACUCUGGCACACUGCGCUUCUGGACUUUCCCAAAAGGGCGACAAGGAAGCAUCCAACUACCUGUCUGAACGUAUGGCGGACGAGCUGAAGGGCCUGCCUCUGGAUGAAGCAGUUCCACUCACUCGCGCCUGUGGACACUACCUCAACUUGACACAGAUAGCCGAGACUCACCACAGUGUGAGGACUAGCAGAAUUGAGGGAGUCGCUACGAAGACAUUCGAUGAGGUCUUUGGGCAGCUCAUAUCUCAAGGAUGGACACAGGACCAACUGUUUGAGGCGGUGUGCAAGCAGAGGACAGAGGUGGUCUUGACGGCACAUCCCACGCAAGUCAACAGGCGGACUCUCCAGUACAAGCACACGCGCAUAGCCGCCCUGCUUGCACAGAACGACAGGCCAGAUACCACGCAGGAGGAGAAGGAGAACACAAUAGCCGACAUCGUUCGGGAGAUCACAUCGCUGUGGCAGACGGAUGAGCUCAGAAGGCACAAGCCCACGCCAGUGGAUGAGGCGCGCGGAGGAUUGCAUAUAGUGGAGCAAUCGCUGUGGGCGGCGGUGCCAAGUUUCCUGCGGCGGCUGAGCGCCGCGCUGAAGAAGCACACCGGGCGGGAGCUGCCCAUCGGCCCGGCACCCCUCAACUUCGGCUCCUGGAUGGGCGGAGACCGGGAUGGCAACCCAAACGUCACCGCCUCUGUGACACACAAAGUGGCCUGCCUUGCGCGCUGGAUGGCCGCUGACCUGUACCUGCGCGAGGUGGACGUGCUGCGUUUCGAGCUCUCCCAGAACCACGCCUCAGACGAGGUUGGCUCUCCGCCGUCAGAGCUGAUCUGGAGUCCGACCGCAGCGGACGCUUCAAGGAGCAACUCCCUUGACAUGAGUGCACCUCACACACCCAUGCGCGGCAACUCCUCAACAGACCACUCUUCAGCUUCCUCACCAAACCUCGUGCCCUCCUCUCCUAAGGCAAGCCUCAUCCUGCAUAAUCCUUCCUUGCCUGUGAAACUCUAUUUUAAGAAUAGCAAUCACCUUACUGAGAGCACAUCCUCGGUGCAGCCCCAGCUGGGGGAUUUAAAGCAGCAGGCGUUCGCAGCUGGAGUGCAGAAGAGCGCCCUAUCUGACUCCCUGUCAUGGCGCCUGGACAGCCACGGCAAAGCUGUGUCACCCGACACCAUCAAAAAGAGGGGCCUGAAGGUGACCAGUGCUACCCUGUGUGCCUCUAAACCAUUUCAUACUGCUGCAAGGUACCACAAAACUUCCAUUGACGCACUGCUCCAUCCCAGGCACCAUGGCGCCACGCCCUACAGGAUUGUCCUCGGAGACGUGCGACAGAAGCUGGUGAACACGCGCAAGCGCAUGGAGGACAUUCUGCAGGGUGGCCUGCAGAAUGACGACGAUGAGGGGUACGAGACCACGGAUGCCCUCGCGCAGCCCCUCCUCUCCUGCUACUGGUCCCUCUGGGAAUGCGGCAGCGGCAUCGUCGCCGAAGGGCGGCUGCUGGACCUGCUGAGGCGUCUGUCCUGCUUCGGCCUGGGCCUGAUGAAGAUGGACCUGCGGCAGGAGAGCAGCCGCCACACCGACGCCCUCGGAGCCGUCACCAAGUACCUGGGCGUUGGCGACUACAGCAACUGGAACGAGGACGAGCGCAUUGCCUGGCUGGUGCAAGAGCUGGAGAGCAAGCGCCCGCUGGUGCCUCCUUCCAUGCCCAUGACCAGCGAGGUCAAGGAGGUGAUAGACACGCUGAAGGUGGCGGCAGAGGUGGGGCCGGAGAGCGUAUCUGCAUAUGUCAUCUCCAUGGCCACGCACGCAUCGGACGUGCUCGCUGUUGAGCUCCUCAAGCGAGAGGCCUGGCUCAUGGUGGGCACUGAUACCGCGCAGCCGUUGCCGCUGGUGCCGCUGCGGGUGGUGCCGCUGUUUGAGACGCUGGACGACCUGGACAACGCCGGCGCCGCACUCAAGCGCCUCAUCAACCUGCCCUGGUACCGUAAGCAGCUCAGGGAGCUGCAUGGGGACCAUCAGGAGGUGAUGCUAGGCUACAGCGACUCCGGCAAGGAUGCCGGUCGCCUCGCCGCCGCCUGGGCCCUCUACAAGUGCCAGGAGCAGCUCGUCCAGGUGUGCAAGGAGGCCGGGGUGCAGCUGACGCUGUUCCACGGCCGCGGCGGCACGGUUGGGCGCGGGGGCGGCCCCUCCCACCUGGCCAUCCAGUCUCAGCCGCCCGGCAGCGACUUUGUGGUGAUGAGGUAUGGGCUGUGUGUGCAGGGGGAGAUGGUGCAGACGAAGUUUGGCAUACCGGCGGUGGCGGGGCGGCAGAUGGAGGUGCUGAGCACGGCGGUGCUGCUGGCCACGCUGUCCCCGCCCAAGCCCCCGCGCAAGGCCGAGUGGCGCAGCCUCAUGGACCAGCUCUCCAAAAUAUCAUGCGAGGCCUACCGCUCUUUUGUGUUCCAGCACCCGGACUUUGUGCCGUACUUCCGCGCAGCCACGCCCGAGGAGGAGCUGGCCAACCUCAACAUCGGCAGCCGCCCCAGCCGCCGCAAAACGGGCGGUGGUGUGGAGACGCUGCGAGCGAUCCCCUGGAUCUUUGCAUGGACGCAGACGCGCCUCGUGCUGCCUGCCUGGCUGGGCGUGGGCACUGCCAAUCAACAUGUUGCACGUGCUACUGUGCAGGGCAAGAGGGCGGAUCUGAGGGAGAUGUACCAGGAGUGGCCCUUCUUCCAGUCGACCAUCGACCUGAUAGAGAUGAUCCUGGCCAAGGCGGACAUGCGCAUCGCCGCGCUGUACGAUGAGCACCUGGUGCACAACCCAUCCCAACGCGCUCUUGGCGCAGUCAUCCGUGAACGCUUCAUGGCCACCGUCCACGCCGUCCUGCAGGUGACGGGGCAUCAGCACCUGUGCCAGAACAACCCCACUCUGCGCAGGCUGAUCGAGAUGCGCAACCCCUACAUCGACCCCAUCAACAUUCUCCAGGUGGAGAUUUUGCGGCGACUGAGGGAAGACCCCGAGGACCGCUCCCUCCGAGAUGCGCUGCUGGUCACCAUCAAUGGCAUUGCUGCAGGUAUGCGCUCUUCCUCUAUGUCUCGAUCACCACUUGCAGACCUUGCGCCAUGCAAUUUUAUGCUGUUUUCAGAAUGA